AAAUAUUAAGAUAAAAAGCUGAUAUCUAUAUUUAGAGGUAGGUUUUGUUAUAAUAUAAUGAGAACUUAAAUUAUAUUUAUCAAAUGAUGUUGUAAAUAAGUAAGAUUUUAAUAAACUUUUUAUAAAUUAAAAUGAUGAUGGUUUGAAAUAACUGAAUAAAAGAAAAAACUGAAUUCAUAUUAAUAACCUCUAUACUUCUAAUUUUUAGAAAUUAAAUAAAUGUCAAUAUCAUCAUCAUAUUCAAAUACACCAAUACCAUAAAGAAAACCAUGGACCACCUAAGAGGAUUAACUAUUGACAGAACUUAGAAAAAAAAACAAAUUAGAUUGGAUUGAGGUGGCAAGAAGAAUAGAUGGAAGAAAUCCAUCUUAAUGUGCUUAAAGAUGGAAAAGAAUUAAAGGAUUCAAGUUAAGAAAACAAUGGACUGAAGAAGAAAAUCAAAAACUUAUUGACUUGGUUUCUAAAUUUGGUUAUCAUUGGAGUAAAAUUAGUUCUUUUCUUCCAUAAAGAACUGGAAAAUAAAUUAGAGAACAUUAUCUUAAUUAACUUCAUCCAGAUAUUAAUAAUGAACCAUGGACAAAGGAAGAAGAUGAAAUAGUAGUAGAAUAUUACAAAAAACUUGGAGGUAAAUGGAGCUAAAUUAGCAAACACUUAAACAAAAGAUCAGAAAAUAGCAUCAAAAACAGAUUCUAUUCUUACUUAAGAAACAAAUAUCUGAAUAUUAAAAAUCCAUAUUACAUAGUACCAGAAAAAAAAUAAAAGUUAAAUGGAUCCAAAGAUUCUGAGGAAAAAUAAGAAAUAUAAAUAAUUAAUCCAAUAAAAUAAGAAUCUUCAUUUCAAACAAGUUAUUAAUAAGUCCCUAAAGAGUUAAAUAUGCAAAUUAUAAUGCCAUUCUAUCAAAAUUAGUUCAUUUAAUAUCCUAUGGCUUAUCCUUGUGCUAUGUUCGUGCCAAUUUAUUUGUAUUAGUAGCAAGGAUAGUAAGUAAAUUAGGUCAUGCGAUAUUGAUUUUAAUUUCACAUUAUCGAGUUUUAUUAAAAUAUUAUAAAAUAUGUA